AUGCCCCAACAGGACGUACUAGGUUACAGCAUCUGCGCGCUCACGGGCCUUGUUCAAGUCCACUCGCUGUUCCUAUCCCGUGAUCCGAUCAUCGCCAUGCUAGUUGCCGUUAAGAAGGAUGUUGUUAUAAUUGGCGGGUCAAUUUCUGGCCUCAUGCACGCUCUCGCGUUGAAGUCGCUUGGCUGCAACGUUCGUAUCCUCGAGUCGCGCUCUAAUGAACAGAUGCUAGCACGAGCAGCGGGUCUUAGCCUCUGGCCGAAUGCGCAAAGUCUGAUUACCCAGUAUGUACCAGGUGUUAAUAUGGACUCUAUCGCCAUCCGAAACGCGGAAAUGCAGAUUAUGAAUGGAAAUGGCACAGUUCUGGCAGAGGUACCGGUUCGAGAGGAUGUUCGCACUUCAAGCUGGGCUUAUGUGCACGGUAUACUCAAAGAGGCCUGUAGGGGAGAUGUGAAAGGACAUGGCGUGGUACGUUUCGAGAUGGGGAAAAAGGUUGGGAGCGUGAUGGAACAUGAUGGCUCCGUAAAAGUGGUUUAUAAAGAUGAUGACGGAGUCGAGUUUGAAGUGCUAACAGAUCUGGUCGUCGCCGCAGACGGCGCUCGCUCAGUCGUUCGAGGCCAAGUCUUUCCUGGCGUCAAACCUGAGUAUGCGGGCUAUCUUGCUUGGCGAGGGUGUUUUCCCGAAAGCGAAACGCCGGAUGAGCUAAAAGGAGCUUUACAGGGGAGACUGGCUAUGUUCAUGUUUGACGGAGGCUAUAUCCUGGCUUACCUGACAUCCAACGAAUAUGGCAGCAUGAAACCUGGCGAGCGAGUUGUUGAGUGGUGCUGGUACGACCCUUGCGAUAUUUUGUCCUCCACGUUCACCAAGUUUAUGACCGAUGUCGACGGAAAGCGUCACAACGUCACAGUGCCUGCGCGUAUUCUUCAGCCCGAAGUGUGGAAGGCGCAACUAGCACGAAGGAAGGACGUGCUGUCGUCGCUUUGGCAUGGGAUCUUUGCACAGUCAGAAUUGCCUUUGCUGACUGUCAUUCAAUCCUUUGACAAUAAGGUGUCAGCUUUCUUUGAUGGGAAGCUACUACUAGCAGGUGAAGCGUUUACGCAAAUUCGACCACAUUUAGGAGCAAGCUGCGAUAUUGCUGCCAUGCAGGCGUUAACAUUGAUCAAAGUUCUGAAGGGUGAGACGAGUAUGAAGGAGUGGGAGGAGAAUGUGGCCCAGUAUGCCACUCAGCAAGCUGUUCGAAGCAAGGCGACUGGCGUCUUUGGGAUGACGGGACAGUGGCCAGAAGGAUUUGUGCCUUCUUACGUCAGCCCUUAG